AUGAGCGGGGGCCGCUUUGACUUUGACGAUGGUGGAGCGUACUGUGGGGGCUGGGAGGGGGGAAAGGCACAUGGGCACGGACUGUGCACUGGCCCCAAGGGCCAGGGUGAAUACUCGGGUUCCUGGAAUUUUGGCUUUGAAGUGGCAGGUGUCUACACCUGGCCCAGUGGGAAUACCUUUGAGGGAUACUGGAGCCAGGGCAAACGACAUGGGCUUGGCAUAGAGACCAAGGGGCGCUGGCUCUACAAGGGGGAGUGGACGCAUGGCUUCAAGGGGCGCUAUGGAAUCCGGCAGAGCUCAAGCAGCGGUGCCAAGUACGAGGGCACUUGGAACAAUGGCCUACAGGACGGCUAUGGCACCGAGACCUACGCAGAUGGAGGGACCUACCAAGGUCAGUUCACCAACGGCAUGCGGCAUGGCUACGGCGUGCGCCAAAGUGUGCCCUAUGGUAUGGCGGUGGUGGUGCGCUCUCCGCUGCGCACAUCGCUGUCUUCGUUGCGCAGCGAGCACAGCAAUGGCACGGUGGCUCCGGACUCGCCCGCCGCGGACGGGCCAGUGCUGCCCUCGCCCCCGGUACCGCGCGGUGGCUUUGCGCUCAGCCUGCUAGCCACCGCCGAGGGUGCGCGUCCCCCGGGGCUGUUCACACGUGGAGCGCUACUGGGUCGGCUGCGACGCUCAGAGUCGCGCACAUCCCUGGGCAGCCAGCGCAGUCGCUUGAGCUUCCUUAAGAGCGAGCUGAGCUCAGGCGCCAGCGACGCCGCGUCCACCGGCAGCCUGGCCGAGGGCGCCGAGGGUCCCGACGAUGCGGCCGCGCCCUUUGAUGCCGACAUCGACGCCACCACCACCGAGACCUACAUGGGCGAGUGGAAGAACGACAAGCGCUCAGGCUUUGGCGUGAGCGAGCGCUCCAGUGGCUUGCGCUACGAGGGCGAGUGGCUGGACAACCUGCGCCACGGCUAUGGCCGCACCACGCUGCCCGAUGGCCACCGCGAGGAGGGCAAGUACCGCCACAACGUGCUGGUCAAGGGCACCAAGCGCCGCGUGCUGCAGCUCAAGAGCAACAAGGUACGCCAGAAGGUGGAGCAUGGCGUUGAGGGCGCACAGCGUGCAGCUGCCAUCGCUCGCCAGAAGGCUGAGAUCGCGGCUUCUAGGACAAGCCACGCCAAAGCCAAGGCUGAGGCCUCAGAACAGGCUGCCCUGGCUGCCAACCAGGAAUCCAACAUUGCCCGCACAUUGGCCAAGGAGCUGGCCCCAGACUUCUACCAGCCAGGUCCAGAGUAUCAGAAGCGUCGGUUGCUCCAGGAGAUCCUGGAGAACUCGCAGAGCCUGCUGGAGCCCCCAGAGCGGGGUGCGGGCGCCGGCCUCCCGGAGCGGCCCCGGGAGAGCCCGCAGCUGCACGAACGCGAGACCCCGCAGCCCCAGGGCGGACCUCCGUCUCCGGCCGGGACGCCCCCACAACCCAAGAGGCCCCGACCCGGGGCGUCCAAGGACGGCCUGCUGAGUCCGGGCGCCUGGAACGGCGAGCCCGGUGGAGAGGGCAGCCGGCCCGUAACGCCAUCCGAUGGCGCCGGCCGUCGCAGCCCUGCACGUCCAGCCUCGGAGCACAUGGCCAUUGAGGCGCUGCAGCCGCCGCCCGCGCCGUCGCGGGAACCGGAGGUGGCGAUGUACCGCGGCUACCACAGCUAUGCCGUGCGCACCGGGCCUCCCGAGCCCCCGCCCUUGGAGGACGAGCCAGAGCCAGAGCCCGAGGUCUCCAGAUCCAACUCAGCGCCCCCGUCCCCUGCCUCCGCCACCGCCCCGGAGGAGCAGCCCCCUGCACCGCGAAGUCCGGUGCCCGCCACAACCGCCACUCUGGAGCCCAAGCCCAUUGUCCCUAAAGCCGAGCCCAGGGCCAAGGCGCGCAAGACAGAGGCCAGAGGACUGAGCAAGGUCAAGAAGAAGGGUCGUAAAGAGGUGGCGCUGGCGGCAGAGGCCGAGGUGGAGGUAGAGGAGGUACCCAACACUGUCCUCAUCUGUAUGGUGAUCCUGCUGAAUAUUGGCCUGGCUAUCCUGUUUGUUCACCUCCUGACUUGACUCUCAUCUACCAGAGCCAGGAGUUCCACUGAGGAUGCCCGGAUCUGUCUUUCUGCAGUGCCAUGCAGGUGUCCCAGGAGUUCUGGACUGUGGACCUGAAGCCU